UGUUAUUUCCCCUUUCUUUUUCUUUUACAAACACGCAUAAACACAUAUGAACAAAGAUAUUCGAUACCUUGACACAGACGGAUCAUCUAGCUCUAGUAGCAUAUCCAUAUUAUACCGAGAUACAAUGACCGUAAGCGGUGAUGAAGAGGACUACUGCUAUUACGACGUGCACUCUUCAAGCGAAACAAGUACGUUUGUUUCCAAUGACAAGGCUCAAUACAGUUCGAUUGACAUCAAAGAUGACCAUCAAUCUUGUUCUUUCUGGGGCGCCUCUCUAAAUCUAAUUAAUGCCAUGAUGGGCACUGGUAUUCUAGGAUUGCCGCUUGCCCUUCAUCUUUGCGGCAUAUGGCUUGGUUUGGCACUUUCGGUUGGGGUUGCCUACAUGACCUGCAUGAUCAUGCAUAUCACUAUCCUGUGCGGACAAAGAACACACACAUUCAACCUCAUGGAACUCUGUCGAGCAUUGACUGGGAAAGCAGGUGCAAUUGUUCUCAAUUGUAUUAUAUUCCUUCAUACAGCAGGAACAGCUGCGUCUUACUAUAUUAUCUUGGGAGAAAUGAUGCCUCAGCUGCUGAAAUCUAUGUUUCCGAGAAUUGCUUGCUAUAUCAACAAACGGAAUGUGGUCCUGGUAUUCGGUUUAUGUUGCACGUUACCAUUGAGCUUAACACGCUCAACAGCCUGUUUGGCCAAAUGGUCUGCUGUAUCUUUAUUUAUUCUUUUGUCCAUGACACUUGGUGUGUUGAUUCGUGUGCCAGCUUAUUAUGAUUCUGAUAAUGUUGAUUUUCGUUUGACAAUGCCGACAGAUCCAUUCAGAGGAUUGGCCAUCAUGAGUCUAUGUUUUGGCUGUGCUCCUAAUCUGUUUGGUAUCUACGUUACCUCUAAACGAGCACUAUGGUCAAAAACAUGCUAUUUAGCAAUUCUAAUCGCGUACAUUAUCAAUGUAGCGUUUGGAGUCUUGGCCUAUUUAUGCUUUGGUAAGUUGGUGCAAGACAAUGUUUUGCUCAAUUUCCCAAGAGAUGACUUUAUCAUCCAAUGGAUCAACAUCACUUUAAGCUUAUUUAUGGUGCUUACUCUACCUCUUUGUAUUCACCCCUGUCGAGAGGCUACAAUGACGAUGUUUGGUAUAUCAACUCAUGGUGCAACAAAUAAACAACAUUACCUGAUUACAUUUGGUGUGUUUGCCAUCAUUUUAUAUGCUGGAUGUACACUUGACUCACUUGGAAAAGUAUAUGAUGUUCUCGGAGGAUUUUCGACCAUCAUUUUAGGUUUUCUCUUGCCCGGUUUAGCAUACUUGACAUUAUUUAGAUUUGAUGAAUCACGGAUGCUCUAUAUCUCUUCUAUUUUAGCUGUGAUCAUGAGUAUUCCUAUCAUCUAUUUUUCCCUUAAAAAUGUAUUUUAAAAAUAUAAAGUUUUUUUUGGGGGAAAUGUAGAAAACGACAGCUUGGCAUGACUACUGAUUAUUGUGUUCUUGAG